AUGAGCAAUCCCAGGGCGGAAGCCGCAAAGGAAAUCGAGCUCCAAGAGCUUGAGCGUCAGCUUAAAAGGCGUCAAUUGGAAUUUGAUGUGGAAAAGCAUGAAAUUACAUUGGCACACAGCAAAAACAAACUUGAGAACCAUGAGCUCAGAAUCGAACUCCAAAAUCAGGAGCUUAGAAUCCAACACGACAGAGCUGAGCUCGAGAAGGAGGAAUUUAAACUCAAGGAAAAGAUAAAAGGUCUCCAUGAAAUUGAAACCGGACCCAAUAUAAUCAGGCUGGAGAUAUCCAAGAAGUUCACGCGUGGUAUGGAAGGCAGUUUGGAACACGAGAUCAGACAGAUUGGAGACAUAAAUGCCCUUCAGCGAUGUCGAUUUGAACUCUACAUCUAUGAACAAGACCUCGACGGCAAAGAAGAUCGCCUGGCGGAGUUCCUCGACGUGGAGACUAGGCUCCGAGAGAUCGCUCAACGGGAAAUGCGCUGGGAAUAUUAUCAGCUAAGUGGAGCGAGAGUUGAACAAGAGCUUAGCGAAUCAAACAAAGAAUAUAAACGAGUUGAGCGCGAGUGGUGGACGAUCCGGGACUCUUUCUCCGAUGGGCCUUUGACCCGAGCUUUUGAGCUCUGGCGGGGAAAUCCCAAAUGGUACAUGCAUCGUGUUCUUCGAGAGGACUGCGCUAGGAGAGGAGGCUGCUGUGGACGUGAGUGUGGAUGUUGCCUUGAUCGCAAAUUUAUUGGUGAUCGUCGCAAGCAUGCAAAUGGCCACUGCACUGUCGAAUGUGGGUGUUGUCAGAAGGCCGGCAGCUUUGAGAUUUCGGAGAACAAAAAGAAUGAAUUUUCAAUCCGAUAUGCGGUCUCUCAGGAUGGUAAGAAGAGCCACGACUUCACGGACAUCAGAUUGAAGACCCUCGAAAUGCAAAACCAACACCUUCAACAGCAGCUUUCUGAAGAAGCAAUGAAAGAUACUGUGAUGGGAAAUGAGAUUUCUGACGGCAUAGUUGCCGAAUACAAACGCUGCAUAAAUGAAGACACUCUCACCGACGACGAAGCCGAAUUCACCGAUGAGAGUGACGACGGCUGCCCUCCGGAAGAGGAAGAGGAUCCGCACUAUCGUCGGAUCUCUCUGGCUUCAAUCUGGGGAUUGGUAGAUGGUAACUUCGAGAACCCGUUUGACUUGAUCGACGAAGAAAUGAUCUAUGCUCCAUGGCAGCUUGUGGGUCGUUCUGAAUGGCCAAACCAGGACGAAAACGAUUCGACGAUGACAGAAACGGAUUGGUAA